AUGCCGGCAGUCGCGCUCCGGAUGCGAGGCAGGUUCCUCGUGCUCCUGCUGUUGGGGGUGGCGAGUGGGGGCCCGAGGCGGGGCUCCGAGCCUCCCAAUCCCCCCCUCACCAUCGGCCUUAUUCUCCCCAAGACCCUCUUCGGCGUCAGGGGCUACAACAAGGCCAUUACAGAGGCCACCGCCGGCCUCACCAAGCCCAGGGGACCCAAGCUAGAGUUCUUGAAGAAGUACACUUUUACCGCCGCCCAAGUCCAUAACCAGAUGAUGGUACUUACUCCGAGUCCCACAGCUCCCUCCAGGAACCCACUCGCGAACUUAUCGCUCCAGAAGAAAACAACUCCAGCCUCUGAUAAUUCGAUUGGCCCCCUCCCAGCGCCUCAUUAUCCAGGUUGCAGAUUCUUGGGCCCUCUUCGGCUCUUGAAUUAUGGAUGA